AUGAAUGACAAUCAAGAGAAUCUUACAGCGGUAGGCUAUAGAUGGCGGUCCGCUAAAUGGUUCAUCCUCUCCACCAUUGCAAUAGCAUUGUUUGCAGAAACAUUCUUAUAUGGCUUUUUGGUCCCUAUCCUAGGUUAUAUGAUCCAAAAUCGUCUACAUAUCGACCCCUCCCAAACCCAGAAGUUGACAUCCACCAUACUGGGCCUUCAUGGUGCUCUCGCGGUGCUUUCCGGCCCUAUCAUUGGACAUUUUGCCGAUGGAAGCCGCAAUAAGAAGGGUGCCCUGCUAUGGUCGCUUGGUUUCUGUAUUAUCGGUACUGGUAUAGUCGCGGGCGCUCGUUCGGUCCCUCUGCUACUUAUAGGCCGUGCUAUGCAAGGCAUUGCGGGGUCUGCCGUGUGGAUUGUGGGAUUUGCGACCGUCGGGGAGACCGUGAGCCCGGACAAUAUGGGCUCGGCGAUGGGGUUGAUGAUGUCUUUUGCGAACUCGGGGACAGUCAGCGGACCAGCACUCUCUGGUCUACUUCUAGAGGCUACAAGCUACUGGAUCACAUGGUCUAUCCCGGUAAUAGUUCUUACUAUAGACCUUCUAGCACGAGUCAUCAUGAUUGAACCUCCGUCCGCGUGCAAGAAAAAUGGCGAUGUAGCUGAGACUACGAAUCUGCUAUCCUCCGGCCAACACGAACGAAAUCCAUCCGAUGUCGGUGCCUUCUGGCGCAUCAUGCUUUGCGACGGUCGGGUUUUGACCUGCCUUCUUAUCACAAUGACCAGUACCAUUGUGACCACAAGCCUUGAUGCCACACUUCCUCUACAUGUUCAGGAAAAGUUUGGAUGGGGUCCAAGUUGUGCAGGACUCCUUUUUUCCGGUCUCGUUAUUCCGGGCCUCAUUGUCGGUCCCAUUGCCGGUUGGGUCCGGGAUCGAGUAGGUGCACGUGUCCCGAUAGUGCUCGGUUCUAUACUACAAUCCGCACUGCUGGGGUUGAUGGGGAUUGCUGGGAGCGACGCAGUUCCUUGGGCUAGUGUCCGGACAGGAGGCAAAUCAAUGUAUAUAGCGUCCAUUAUUGGUAUAGGCGCAGUGAGACCAUUUGUAUCCGGUUUAGCGCCUGUCGAAUUGACCGCUGCUGCCAAAUCACGCCAAGAAAAGAGCCCGGGUAUUUUCGGUUUACAAGGCGGCAUAUCGCGCGUUUUUUCUAUGCUAGAUGUCGCUGCUUCCCUUGGCUCAAUGAUUGGUCCAAUCCUAGGUGGAUCUUUGAGGGCACUGGUUGGCUAUGAAUAUAUGAGCUGGGCUUGGAGUACGUCGCUUGAUACCUUCUAUUCGCACUACUAA